CUUGAGGCAGUGGGUUACAAGCCCAUUUUAUUUAUUGGCAAACAAAAUAAGGCUUCAAAUAAGUGGGUUGCAGAUGUAAUUACCCAUCUGCACCCCACUCCUGUCACAAAAAUGUUUUUGGAGAAGAUGCAGAGGGCUUAUGAAUUUAUUUUGACUAAGUCAACCUCCACAGCACAGCAGCCGGACAGUGACAUCCCCACCGCAGAGCAGCACAACAGCCCCAGUGAGGAACAGUGCAAUGGUUCCAUUUUGGAGCCGGAGAGCCUUGCCGUGGAGCAGCCGGAGCCGGAGAGCCUUGCCGUGGAGCAGCCGGAGCCGGAGAGCCUUGCCGUGGAGCAGCCGGAGCCGGAGAGCCUUGCCGUGGAGCAGCCGGAGCCGGAGAGCCUUGCCGUGGAGCAGCCGAUGAAACCCACAAAGGAGUCCGAGACUCUAUUUAUACUCAACCUUGUUCCUCUGUCUUCCCAAUACUCUUCAACCUCUCUCUCUCCUCCCUCCUCUACUACUUUUCCAGCUGGUCUUCCUUCAGAAUCUUCUCCUCCUCCACCUCCACUGCCAUGCUCUAAGUUAUUGAGACAGAGGAAGAAAAGAACAAAAACCACAAAAGCACCUUCUGCCACCUCUGUCUCUCCUCCGUCUCUUAUCCCCACAGAUCUCUCCUUUCCACAGUCUUGUCCUCCACCUGCUGCCUCUUCCAUCUCCCAGUCCUUGAGGCAGGAGGGGCCAUGUGUGAAGAAGAGAAGAAAGGGUUGCCGAAAAUGUAGUAGGCAGAAGAUCUUCCUGUUUGAUAAAAUAGUUGGGGAAAGAAUAAAUGAGGGAAAAGCAGAACUGAAAGUCCACUGGUUGCCUUGUACUGUGUGUGGCAAAACUUGGGAUGACACAUGGGAGCCUGCCAGUGAGUUCCAACAUUUUUUGCCACAGUCUACAAAUCCCAACCAGCUUUCACCAUGACAGUCUACUGACCAUGAAUACCUGGACUUGUUAAGCACUCUUCAAUUCUGAGUGUUUUGUUGUUGUUCUUUUGCUUGCUGUUCUUCAUUAAAGUUUGUGCACAGUGCAUAUACUGUUUUAGUAUGUUUUUUUUUUUUUUAA